CCUCUACCAGGAGUACCUUAUUUUAUAUAAAUUGAAACACUUAUGAAGAAAGACAUGGGAGAAAUACAACGCACCUUGCUGUGCCAAGGCCCCGUGGAACUCACAAGAGGCAUGAAGAUGUGUAAAAAACACCUAUCAUUAUUCAGCGACGUCUUGGUUGUUUCUAAUAACCUGAAGAAGAGAAAGUUUAAAAUAAAACACAUAAUCCCUUUGCAAUACCUGUGUGCUGUGGAUAAUAUGGACAUAAUCAACCUAGUCAGGAUAAAUGAAAUCUGCACCUGCCGGACACUUGCCCUGUUUUGGCCCACUGGAAUGUUUUUGGCCACCUUUAGUUCAAAAGAACAGAAAGAUCGCUGGUAUUAUUUUAUCAAAAGAUCCACUAAUGAAGCCAGGAUGGGUAUACAGAAAAACUUCUCAAUGAAGAUAUUCACUGAGGACAUCCCAAACUGUGACAGUGAUUGA